UCGUCCAACCAACGUGUCGUCUGGCCGCUCGAUACCGGCGCAGCCCGCAUCCUCGUCACCGGGGGGACGCAGACACAAAGGCUUUGUUGUGCAGGGGCUCAAACUAAUUGAGGGCUUUACGGUUGCGGACAAAUGCGCAUUAAGGGUUACUGUUUGUGCGGUUAUGUUCAUUAAGACAUUCCUGCACGGAUUGGGGCGACGCAGAGAGAGGGGGGCUUUACAUAAUGGAGUGCAUGCUUUUCACGUGAAAUGCGCCUUUAAAAAGCGGGACUCUCCUCUCUUCUCGUCGAAGCACAUCGUAAACCAGCGGACGCGCACGAGUGAAAAGUAUUUGACAGCUGCACUUUGUUGAGUGGACUCGGAUUCAGGAUGGUGUCGUCGUACCCGCUGCCGGAUGGCUUCUCCGACUUCGAUGUGUUCCUGGGCUCCUGCCUGCUGGUGGAGGGUCUGCUGGGCUUCUUCCUGAACGCGGUGACCAUCGCUGCUUUCCUCAAAGUCAGGGAGCUGAGGACCCCCAGCAAUUUCCUCGUGUUCAGCUUGGCCAUGGCUGACAUGGGCAUCUGCAUCAACGCCACCAUCGCCGCUUUCUCCAGCUUCCUGAGGUAUUGGCCAUACGGCUCUGAUGGAUGCCAGACUCACGGUUUCCAGGGUUUCGUGACAGCUCUCGCCAGUAUCCACUUCAUCGCCGCCAUCGCCUGGGACAGAUACCACCAGUACUGCACCAGGACAAAGCUGCAGUGGAGCAGCGCCAUCACUCUGACUGUGUUCAUCUGGCUCUUCACCGCCUUCUGGUCCGCCAUGCCCCUCAUUGGCUGGGGAGAGUACGACUACGAGCCCCUCAGGACCUGCUGCACCCUGGACUACACCAAAGGAGACAGAAACUACGUGUCCUACUUGAUCCCCAUGAGCAUCUUCAACAUGGCCAUCCAGGUGUUUGUUGUCAUGUCCUCUUACCAAUCCAUUGCACAGAAAUUCAAGAAGACUGGAAACCCCAAGUUCAACCCCAACACUCCUCUUAAGACCAUGCUGUUCUGCUGGGGCCCCUAUGGCCUCCUGGCUUUCUACGCCGCUGUGGAGAACGCCUCCCUGGUCUCCCCGAAGCUCAGGAUGAUGGCACCUAUCCUCGCCAAGACGUCCCCGACCUUCAAUGUCUUCCUGUACGCUUUGGGAAAUGAGAACUACAGAGGAGGCAUCUGGCAGUUCCUCACCGGGGAAAAGAUUGAAGUGCCUCAAAUUGAGAACAAGUCCAAAUAAACUGAGCAUGCAAUAUCGCA